AUGUCUAAAAGGGUGACCCUUGGGAAAGCUGAGGCAUGCCGUCAAUGUAGGAAACGCAACUAUGACCAAUCUCCAACCACCCCACCGGAGAACAACGAAGACCUUUCCGAGCAAAAUUUACUCAAGUUGGAAGCACGAAUCGAGGAACUGGAACAACGGCUCAGAUUAGGGAAUCAAUAUCCUAAAGGUAAGCUCACUGGGUUUGGUAUUUUCACGCCUCUAAUCGAAGCAGAGGGUCCAUCGCCCUCCACUCUUCAUAGCCCAUCGUAUUACAGAGGUGUAGCGGCCCAAUCACUUGACUAUAGUUCUAUGCCUAGCGGAUAUGACCCUUCAACUCGCACAUACAAUCUAACCGAUUUCACGCUCAUGGCUGAGGACUGGCCCUUGGAAUUACCGCCCAAACCCCUGAUGCUCCAUCUGAUUGAUAUAUUUUUCGUUUGUUAUCCCAACUCAAGGCGUAUAAUUCACCGACCCACAUUUUUACUUCAACUAUUAGAACACCAUUCCUCGCCGCGCUUCCCUUUCAUUCCUUUGCUUCAUUCUAUUUGUGCUGUAGCCGCAGUUCAUUCACCUCAUGUUACCGUUGCACCAUUACCUGACUUGAGUAAGUACCCAGUCGACGAUCCCUUCCAAGACAAAACGCGGGUAGAUCAAGGGCGCGACCUCAUGUUUGACGAGCAGCACUUUAUUCUUUCUAAAUACCAGUGUAUGGAUGCUGCAAGGGAAGGUGUGAAUCUUCUUGGAGUUAUUCAAGCGUGCAUUAUCAAUUCCUGGUGGGCUUUCUCAUGUGCUCGGUGGUUUGAUUUGUGGGCGAUGAACAGCCUCGCGAUGAGGAUGUGUAUAGCACUCGGCUUGAAUUUCUCGGAUUCUCUCUAUAAGCCACUACCAGCCAAGGCUCGCGAGAAGUUCCUCAUUGGGCCACCAACAUCACACGUUGAUGUUGAACUCAGGAGAAAUAUCUUCUGGCUCACCUAUUGUUUGGAAAGGUACCAUUUGUUUGCAGGACCAUGGGUUUUCGAUAUCAAUGAUGAUGAUAUUCAGCAAACUCUCCCCGGAACACUGGACGCAUUUGAAGCUGGCUUCGACGAUGGUCAAGAACGUCAGAGUAUCUUUUCUGAUGACUUAUUUUCAACCCAUUAUAACAACCAGGACGAUUUUGCUAUGUAUAUUAAAUGUGCAAUUAUGUUAUCCCGAGUACACGUCAUUGAGUUAAGGAAGUUACUCAACUACGGAACCUCGGAUGAGGUUCGAGACUCCCGGGAAAUGAAAAUCUUAGAAACCAUAAUAUCCUCAACACGGCUCUCUAUAAAAAAGCAAUUCAAUCCCAUCGAACAGCUUUCCACGUCCGCUAUCUCCAAUACGUUUGUCACUCACGUCGCACCUCUGGCAUCUAUCAAGUUGCACGCCGAGAUCGCUAACUGGCAAGACCCAAGUUGCGAGUCUUCUAGCAAAGCUCUGGCGGCAGCACGUGGUAUUCUUCGCUAUACGACCGCAUUGACCUCUAGCCCCUUUGACUUUUCUCGAAUCGAUCGGGUUGUAUGCCUCCCCUGGUCAUCGGCGGGUAGAGCGCUGGUGCUUUCCCUCAAAUUUGCUCCUGAAAGUCUGGCACCAAUUCUUCGAGCUGAAAUUCGGUUAGCACGAGCCAAUCUCGAACUUGCCGGCAACCGCGUUAUCCUCUUUCUGCGACAGCGGUGUUCGUUUGACAAGGAGGCAGUUGACAAUUUGGGUGAACGGGAGGCGGCAAAGGUGUUUGAGGGCGAUGUAUUUUGA